CAGCACUUCCUCCAGACUGCCGCCUCGCACGCACCUUUUCCACCCGGGGGAAGCUGCACGAGUCUGGGGCUGAGUUUGUUUGUGGAGUCGCUGAGUGUCAGUGGUUCCCAGUCUGUUUCUGGAGCCCCCCCCCCUCCAAAAUCGAAGAUGACAAAUCGGUGUUUCUGCAUGAAUCUAGGGCCUGCGGUUGGAUGACCAUGCCGCAGAUACAUGUCAGCACCGAUCACACAGGCACACAUGUGGCCCUGCAUCGUGAGCUGUGGCUGUGACCGUGCUAUCAAGGAAAUUCCUGGGUCCCCCAGGGUCACCUCCGUGGGUUUUCUAUCUGCACCAGCUUCUGUUUCCACAUCGCGGACACACAAAGCACACUCUGUAUGGACGUGCAGUCCCAGUAACUCAAGUGGUCCCUGGAUUGCGGUACCGUUGUCGAGCAUGACUCACAGUGGAUUCACCUGAUCAUCACACUGCAGAAUCAACAAGGGACGAAACAAACCAAGGGAGACUCCAGAGACCCAAUGGCCACUGAAGAGAAUCCGACACAGGUGGGAGCUGUCGUGCUGACUCCUCCAUCCACCGGGAGCAGAACCAGCAGAGACGCCAACGACAGCCAGGAAGUACGGCUUUACUGUGACCAACUGCUUCAGUCCAAACAGAGGAGCAGCCCUUCCAUCCCCAUAUACAGUAAGCUGUCGUGUGACAGUGGGGAAGGGGCGAUCUUGGACGAGGAAUACGCGUGUUUGGAUUACAACUCAAAACUCUUGAGCGCCGAUGAGAAACUUUGUCCAGAGCUGAACGCUGGCAAGAGAAUUAAAGGAAUGACUAAUACAGCUACUUCGAUUCCUGGGAAAAGUGUGGAGGGGUCUCCGUGUCGGCUGGACGACCUGGGAGAAGGUUUGGAUUCAGGUGGAAACCGAACUGGCAGCACUCGCUGCUCCUGCACUGUGUCAAACCUUCACGCCAGCAGCCCCAGAUCCACUCCGAGCCCCAACUCCAGCCCGGCUCACAGUCCUCAUCUCAGCUCCAGACCCUCCAGGCCCAACCAGAGACACCUCCGCCGCAGCAGCCUGCCUGUGUCCAUGCUGGCUUUCUCCAAGACAUCACCUUACCUCUCAUCACAGGGCAGCCCCUCCAGUGAACCAGCCUCCUUGUCGUCAUCCCCCUGUGGCUCUCACCACAACCACCAGCAUCGCCAAAACGGACACAUCCGCCGGCACCAUCUCAAAGACGGCUACUCAAGUUUGGAGCGGCUCAACAGGAGGCCCAGGGUCAACAAAUGCUCCCUGGAGAAGAUGUUCCGGCGACGGGCAUCUCUGGAAGCCAUGACGGCCACUUUGGGGCACGUGGAGAGGCCCCCCGCAGGAGGGACGAGACACUGCAGCGUGGGCAGCAGCAGCGAGGAGGAGGACGGAGAGGCCUCCUUAGAGAACACGGACUUUGUGAGGAACCGUAAAGAGCGAUCCACCGUCCUGGUGAGGCGGUUCUUCAAGAAUAACCAGAAGGUGACCAAGUCGGUGUGUACUGGAACCAGAGCGAUUGUCCGGACGCUGCCGUCAGGUCGCAUCUCCGAGGAGGUGUGGGAGCUGGUCGUUCACCGCAGGAUGUGUCGACCCAGCAAGAAGCAGAUCUGGCCAAUCUUAACACGUGGCGUGGGAGAGGAGCUCCGAGUCUGCAGGGACGUGCUGCGCUUCGUCCGGGUCAAACCACAGCAGGUCACCAGCUGUGUGCAGGACCGAGAGGAGCUCAACCUGAUUCAUCCUGCCAAGAAGCUCCUGCAGUCUCUCCCUGGACGCGUGUGUCUCCGUGUGUCUCAUUGGUCGUCUCACACCGCCGGCGCCAGCCAAGCUGGACCUGACCUGAACUCCUGUCUCAAUCCCCGGUGUUGUCGUCCUUCUCAGCCACUUCGGUUCUAUCGCUCGUGUGGCCAGAGGACGUCCGUGUGCUCCCUGCUGACCGGGGCCCUCCUGGAGGCCACAGCCGCCCUCGGGGCCCGCUCCGCCCUGCCCUUCCCUCCGCCUCAGGGUCCCACCAGCCACGGCGUGCUGAAAGAGCGUCAGCUGGCCACCAGUAUGACCAGCAGCAGCUCUCUCCCUCCCAGCGUCAGCGGGAUCAGCAAGGAGCUGACGGAGCUGCGGCACGUCGUGCAGUUCCCCGAGGAGAUCGCCUGUCUCCUCACCGAGCAGGAGCAGCAGCUCUACCAGCGGGUCUUUCCCCUGGACUACCUCUGCUUCCUCACCCGAGACCUGGGCAGUGUCGAGUCUCAAACUAAACGCCACCCGAGCCUCAAGCCGUCGCUGUCCGCGCCCGCCAUGCCUACCCAGAGUGCUCAGCGGUGCAACGCCGUGGAGGACCUGGUGACACGAUUCAACGAGGUGAGCUCCUGGGUGACGUGGCUCGUCCUCACUGCAGGGUCCAUGGAGGAGAAGAGGGAGGUCUUCUCCUACCUGGUCCACGUCGCUAAGUGCUGCUGGAACAUGGGGAACUACAACGGCGUCAUGGAGUUCCUGGCAGGACUCAGGUCCCGUAAGGUGCUGAAGAUGUGGCAGUUCAUGGACCAGUCAGACAUCGACACCAUGAGGAGCUUGAAGGACGCCAUGGCCCAGCACGAGUCCUCGUCUGAGUACAAGAAGGUUGUGACCAGAGCUCUGAAUAUCCCAGGGUGCAAGGUUGUCCCAUUCUGUGGGGUUUUCCUGAAGGAGCUGAGUGACGCGUUAGACGGGACAGCAAGCAUCAUCAGCCUUAAACCACCUGCAGACAAGACAGAGGGCGCUAUAGAGUUUGUGUCCGACUACAGCGGCCAGCACAACUUCAUGUCCCGGUCCGGUCCCAACGGUCUGCACGUCCCAGAGAAGGAAGCUACCGUCAGCAACAUCCUGCAGAUCAUCAGAUCUUGUAAUCGCAGUCUGGAAGCCGAGGAUCCCGACGAGGCGUCCACCAGUCCCUCGUCCACGGGCCCGUCCCCUGCGUCCAGGAGCAACUCGUUCAGGGACCGGUGCCACAACCAUUCCCACUCGGUUAGGACGCUGCAAGAAUCAAACCGUGUCUUAUUCAUGGUCGGGGACUUGUCCGACUCAGAUGGCGACCUGUCGUCUGAGCCAGUGGGGAAGGAGGUGGAGUUCCAGGGAACCGAGGAGACGCACCGAGCUUUCAGCCACGGCACCGAGCUCAUUCCCUGGUACGUCUUGUCGCUACAACCAGACGUCCAGCAGUUCCUGCUGCAGGGGGCCACAGUCAUCCACUACGACCAGGACAGCCACCUCAGCGCCCGCUGUCUGCUGCGCCUGCAGCCUGACAACACAACUCUCACCUGGGGUAACCCUCAGAGCGGAGGAGCCCCCCCUCCGGAGCAGCCGCUGGGAUUAGGACAGACGGUGGUGGCCGGACUGGCUGAAGGUCUGCUGGACCUGGGAGUGGUGAAGGCGGUGUUUCUGGGUCACCAGGGCGUGGACGUCCACGCCGUGUGUUUGCAGAACAAGCUGAGUCACAUGACGGUGGAGGAGAACGGCCUCAGCCUCCUCUACGGCCUCAGCACCACUGACAACAGGCUCCUGCACUUUGUGGCCCCCAAUCACACGGCCCAGGUGCUGCACAAGGGCCUGUCGGAGCUGGUGAACGCAACCAGGAAGUUGAAGAAGUUUCCCGACCAGCGGCUGCAGUGGCUGCGGAGGCAAUAUAUCAGUCUGUAUCAGGAGGAGGGCCGGUACGAGGGCCCCACGCUGGCCCAGGCCAUCGAGCUGUUCGGGGGCCGCAGGUGGAACAUGAGCACCGGUGGAGCGGAGAAAGCUGGAGCCCAGAAAAACAGCCCGCUCUGCAUGAACGAGAAGGCCAAGAAGAAGAAGAAGGUCCUCGUCAGGGGAGACAGUGGGGAUGCCACAGAUGACGAGAUGGUUUCCAGGAAAACGCGGAGCUGCAAGGAUGGACUGUACCGGAACGGGCUGGAGUCCGACAGCAUCGACCAAGAGGAUCCAGACGACAACUUCCCUGGACCCUUCUCCCUCUCAUCCAAUAAGAGCCCGGGAUUGCUUGCCUCUUCCUCGUCCUCGUCCUCUUCCUCCAGCAUGGCGGGGUCCAACCCGUCCCGUCCACAAUCCUCUCCGGUCCUUUCAGGAACCGUCAAGUCGCAGCCAGGGACGUGGAGCAGCCGGUCGUGGCACGGCCGAGGAAAAGGCUGUUUCAGAGGCUUCCAGAACCUCAUGAUUUCUGACAGCACCAUGAGCUUCAUCGAGUUUGUUGAGCUCUUCAAAUCAUUCAGUAUCCGGAGCAGGAAGGACCUGAAGGAGCUGUUUGACACCUUCGCUGUCCCCUGCAGUCGAUCGAGUCCAGAGUCCGCUCCUCUCUACACCAACCUCAGGAUAGACGACAGAGACACUGGGCUGCAGCCGGACCUCGACUUACUGACCCGCAACGGCUCGGAUCUCGGCCUGUUCAUCCGGACGAGGCAGCAGAUGUCGGACAACCAGAAGCAGAUCUCGGACGCCAUCGCGGCAGCCAGCAUCGUGACCAAUGGGACGGGCGUGGAGAACGCCUCACUGGGUGUACUGGGAUUGGCUAUCCCCCAGCUCAAUGACUUUUUAGUCAACUGUCAGAGAGAUCACCUGAGCUACGACGAGAUCCUCAGCAUUAUACAGAAGUUUGAGCCCUCGUCAAGCAUGAGGCAAAUGGGCUGGAUGUCAUUUGAAGGUUUUGCAAGAUACCUGAUGGACAAGGACAACUUUGCGUCUCGUAAUGAGGAAUCUCAAAUGAACCCGGAGGAGCUGCAGUAUCCUCUGUCCUACUACUACAUCGAGUCGUCUCACAACACGUACCUGACGGGUCACCAGCUGAAGGGGGAGUCCUCUGUGGAGCUGUACAGUCAGGUGCUGCUGCAAGGCUGCAGGAGCGUUGAGUUGGACUGCUGGGAUGGAGAUGACGGCAUGCCGGUUAUUUACCACGGACACACACUCACCACUAAAAUACCCUUCAAGGAUGUGGUGGAAGCCAUCAACCGGGCUGCGUUUGUCAUCUCGGACAUGCCGGUCGUCCUGUCCAUCGAGAACCACUGCUCGCUCCCUCAACAACGCAAGAUGGCGGAGAUCUUCAAGACGGUGUUCGGGGAACGUCUGGUGACGCGCUUCCUCUUCGAGAGCGACUUCAGCGACGACCCUCACCUGCCGUCGCCGCUGCAGCUGCGGGGGAGGAUCCUCCUGAAGAACAAGAAGCUGAAAGCCCACCAGGCCCCGGUGGACAUCCUCAAACAGAAGGCUCACCAGCUCGCCCACAUGCAGGCCCAGGCCAGCAACGGGUCCCCGGGGGUCACAUCCCCUGGUAGCCACGCCAACGAGGAGGAGGAAGAGGAAGAAGACGAGUACGACUACGACUACGAGUCCCUAUCAGAUGCUGAUGUCCUCACAGCCUCUACUGCCUCCUAUGGCCUGGAAGAUAACAUCCUGGACGACAAGCCCGAGGGGAAGAGCCCGGCAGACAAAGAGGAGCAGCCUGUUGAUGAAGUCCCAAAGAGGAUGAAGAAGACUGACAGCACCACACAGAGCAAAGGAAAGGUGUUUGACAUGGAGCUGGGCGAGGAGUUCUACCUUCCUCAGAACAAGAAGGAGAGUCGACAGAUCGCCCAGGAGCUGUCCGACCUCGUCAUCUACUGCCAGGCUGUGAAAUUCCCGGGCCUGUCCACGCUGUCUCCGGCCGGCUCCGGCAGAGGGAAGGACCGGGGGAAGAGCAGGAAGUCCAUAUUUGGCACCGCUCCGGCUCGCUGCGGCAUAACGGGGGAGGUCACGGCCCAGAGCCGCACCCCUGGGAAAGGUGGCGCUGACCGGCUCAGCUGGGAGGAGCAGCAGCAGACAUCGCCCACCCUCAACCCCCCCACCUCUCUCAGCGCCAUCAUCCGCACGCCCAAGUGCUACCACGUCUCCUCCGUCAACGAGAACGCCGCCAAGCGCCUGUACCGGCGCUACUCCAAGAAGCUGAUCCACCACACGGCGUGCCAGCUGCUCCGGACGUAUCCCGCCGCCACCAGGAUCGACUCCACCAACCCCAACCCGCUGCUCUUCUGGCUGCACGGCAUCCAGCUGGUGGCGCUCAACUACCAGACCGACGAUCUGCCCAUGCAGUUGAACACAGCGCUGUUCGAGGCCAACGGCGGCUGUGGCUACGUCCUGAAGCCGGCGGUGCUGUGGGACCGCAGCUGUUUGCUCUAUCAGCAGUUCUGUCCGAUGGAUAGAGACGUGGAGAAGAUGAGCCCGGCGGUCUAUUCCCUCACCAUUGUCUCUGGUCAGAACGUGUGUCCCGGGAACAGCGCCGGCAGCCCCUGCAUCGAGGUGGACGUCCUGGGCAUGCCCGUGGACAGCUGCCACUUCCGCACCAAACCCAUCCACCGCAACACGCUCAACCCCAUGUGGAGCGAGCACUUCCAGUUCACCGUGCACUUCGAGGACAUGUGCUUCCUGCGUGUCGCCGUGGUGGAGAACAACAGCUCCCAGACCACGGCUCAGAGGACCCUGCCCCUCAAGGCCCUCAAACCAGGUUAUAGACACGUCCAGUUGAGGACACAGCACAACGAGCAACUUGAGGUUUCCGGCUUACUCAUCUACAGCCGCAGGAUAGAGGAGGGGCCAACAGGGGGCGCCACUCCCUCAUCCCUGCUGUUCAGCUCGGAGGAGAAACAUGCGUCCACGCCGCACCGGGUGACGGUGCACGGAGCUCCUGGUCCGGAGCCCUUCACCGUGUUCUGUGUCACCGAGCAGACCACCGCCAAGCAGCUGCUGGACACGGUUGUAGCAUCCUCUGGGAAUCCGUCCGAUUACUUCCUCUGCGAGGAGCGGGCCCCUCUGUUGAAGGAGCGCAGUGAAGUGAAGCGCUGUGCCCAGCAGCGCCCCCUGGCUCCGGAGGAGGAGGUGGUCCGACUGGUCUCCAGCUGGAGCACGGAGGACGGAUACGUGGGGAGGAUCUACCUCAAAGCCAGAGAGGAGAACUUGAACGAGCUGAACACGGUGCAGGACGGAGAGGAGGAGGUGACUGUGGGGAGCAGAGAAGGAGGAGGAGGAGGAGGAGGAGGAGCAGAGGAAGACAUGUUCUUUGUUCAGGUUCAUGAAGUUUCUCCAGAACAACCGCACACUGUGAUCAAGGCCCCGCGCUACAGCACAGCUCAGGACAUCAUCCAGCAGUCUCUGUCGAAGGCCAAGUAUUCCUACAGCAUCGUCUCGAACCCCAACCCGUGCGACUACGUCCUGAUGGAGGAGGUGACCAAGGACGUGAGCUCUAAGAAGUCCUCUGCCUCCAAGCCGCUGCAGCGCGUGCUGCUGGAUCACGAGUGCGUCUUCCAGGCGCAGAGUCGCUGGCGCGGAGCGGGACGCUUCAUUCUUAGGCUCAAGGAGCAGGUGUCACGGGAGGACAAGAGGAAGGUCAUGUCCUUCGCCAGCGAGCUGAAGAAGCUGACCAGCCGCAGCCGCAGCAUGACCACGGGCGGCGCAGUGGACGGCCCGGCCCAGAGUAAGGAUGAUAGAGCUGCAUGCUGUGUGGCUCUGACCGAGCUGCAGGAGUGAGGCUCACACUCUGCCUGCUGUCUGUGCAUGGGAAGGCAACAGAGGGUACAUGUCUGCAGCUGCAGGUCUGAAGGCGUGGGUGGCCGAGGGCAGGGUGGGGGCCGGGAGGUUCCUGCAGUCCUCCUCCUCCUCCUUCAGGGGGCAGUUCCCACCUAUUCAUCUGCCCGCCUCGACCCUGACCCCCCUCGUCUGGAAGCUUCACCUCCUCAGGAACUGGAAGAUCCACAAAUGAAGUCCAGAGCGAGAGAGAGACACUUCUAAACUUUUGCAGGAGAGGCAGUGGUUUCGGUGAGUUCGCUCCCCUCUGCCUCCUGAAGGAGUCGGACCCGGCCUCUCGGGGGACGGGGUUCGAGCCGAGCCCCGGUGACGGGUCCGGCUGCGGCUGAACAGACGCUUUGCUUGGUUGGACGAUGGAGAGGAGUUUGUGGUGUUGUGGGGGGGGGGGGAGACUCAUCUUGGUUUAUUGCUUGUUGUGCAGCUGCAUGCUGGGAGUCCAGGAGCUGAAAAGACGUUUGAGCAAAUAGCUUCUCUGAGAUAUUUUUAGUUUGGACGACAUUGAAAUACAUGUUGGCGGGUUUACCUUUCCUGUCUGUGGCCGCUGAGGAACCCGGACUCACGGCCCUCACCCGUAUUCAUGAAGGCGUUUGCAUCAACAACAGCCCCAGGAAGUAAAGGAUGGUGGAAGUCAUUAAAUGAAAUCCACUAACUUCUCUGCUCGGUGCAGACAAAUCAAAACCCCAGUGCAGGUAUUUAGGUGUGAAAACACCAAAGUGAGACUUGGAAGAAAAUCAAUAUCUUAUUUUGUCGUCUAAACACAAAGUCUCUGGGACUUUAUUUGUGCGAAUGGAUUCCUACAAACCAGAGUAGCAGCUGCUCGUGCUGAAGCCAUAUCGGGGGUGCAUGAGUCCGUGGAGCUUUUCCUUCUCUUCUAGAUGAACGGGAGGAAUUUGACUUCCCACAGUUUGCUUUCUGAAGAGCCUUUUAUUUUCCACCUCCCCCCAAAUAUAGACAGCACAGGACACAAAGUCCAAACGGCCUCCGGGUUGAAGGAGUUCCGUGCUGAAAGAGUUGAUUCAGGGAGAAUUCUAUUGAAUGGUCUGUUUUCCUCAAAGGGCUGCGGCUUGUGAUCGGAGGAAUACAACCUCUAGUUUAUAUUUUAUCUUCCUGGCUUCCCCUGAAAGAAAGCACCCGGCAGAUGGAGGGAGAUCUGCUGAGGGAUGAAAGGAAGCGGAGGCGGUUUUCUUUAGGUCGCGAAGGAGUCCGACAAGCUGGCUUGUACGAUUCCUUUCUUACUGUUCCAGUUUCCCAGUACUGUACUGGUGCAGGGACGGGGCGGUGCAGACUCCCAUCGCUCACAGGAGGACGCGGCCGAGCGAGAUGUUCUCAUGUUUAUUCAGAUGCCCUGCGACGCGACCGUCUCCGGCCCACAAUGCAUCGCAGCAUAUUUCUGUAAGGCAGUGUGGAUGUGCACUGUUCACUUGUGCAGAGGAAACUGUGGAUCAACUUUUAAUCACAGUUGUUGGUAAAGUUUUUCUUCUGCGUUUCCCCAAAUUUUAAAAAACGCUGCCUUGAACUUUAGCUCAUUUUCUGGCUGUUUCUCUGACGAAGGUCUUUGAACUUUAGUGGCACCGUCACGUCCACGUUAUUUCAACAAACUUCUUAUCGUCUUAGCGUGUUAGCGACAGAACUGAGUAAUAGAAAAAUUAAGAAAAGAUCAUUUUUAUUGAGAAAUACUUCGUGUAACUAGGACGGUGAAGUACAAUAUACAAGUGUUGGUGCCUUCACUCUAACUCUUCAACGGAAUAGAAAAAUGUAAAAUACACAAUAAAUGAUGAUAAUUAUAAAUCCUAUUUGAUCAAUGAUGUUCGAUACUUUCAAAGACUUUGAGGAAAAACAACUCAAGCUGAAUUUUAGAGAAACGCAGCCUUUUCUUCUGCAAACAGCAUUUUGCACAUUUCGUUUUCCUCUUGCUGUUUUUCUUCAGUGUUACUUUUUGACAGAAACAUGAUGUUAUGAUUUUUUUUUAAAUGUUGUCUUCAUCAUUGUAUUUAUUCCUUUUUUUGGGGCCAGUUGUGAAAUUCAUUUUGAAGGCACAAGUAGAUAUUUGGGCAGUUUUUUUCUUUAUUAAUCUUUAUCUGAUUAACUCGUCUGAGCCCAAACUUCCCCUCAACACAAUGAUUUAAAUUGAAUUGAACUCCAUUGGCCCGGUUUCCUGUUCUUGAUUCAGCUCACAGCAUCUUUAUAGGUCACUGAUAUUGAUCUCCUUAUCAUAGAUGGUGAUUGUAGAGCUCAUUUUUUAAACUGCUCAAUUCAGUUUUCUUUGAAACUGUUGUAAAACUUGAUUUACUUGGGGCCACUUUUCCCAAUUUGUUCUGUUUUGACUUGUAACAUGUCCAUAUUUUAAAAUGUGUGUUUUUUCUAAAGACCUUUCCUCUGAUUCUCUUGCGUCUUAGUUCAGAUCUGCCGAAGAAACUAACACUUUACAUUCAAAGUCGAAUUUGGACAGGAGGAGAAGGCCUGACUAGAUUAUAUGGCAUUUCCACAGCUACUCUACUACACUGACAACUCUCACGUGUUUCUCAAAUUAACUCUGUAAAACGAAUUUCUUGUGAGUUGUGUAACUCAAACUGGCUAAAAGCAACACCUCGAUCUGAAUGUGUUAUGCUUUCGUCAAUUUCCUCCUUUAUUUCUCACCCAUUCCAAAAAUGUUUCAUUCAUUUAAAACCUUCAGGUAGUAAACAACUCAGCUAUUUAAAAUGCAGGAAAUAGAAUUUGAAAUGUGGGACUUUUAUUUUAUUGGCAGAAAUGUGGCCACAGUCCAUGAGGAUGGAAAUGAAUUGGACUUUCUGUGCUUCUUAGCUUUAUUUGUCUUUGCUCAGUGCCGAGUAACGUUAGCAUUUUAGUGCAAUAGUGAAGUUCUGUCACUUCAACUCUUGAAGGUUUUAUCGUCUUGACGUCACUGAUGUGUUUUUAACUCUAAUUCUUUAUUCCCGAUCCCGACUCGGUUCUUUGAACGAGUCGAAUCUGACAAAACUCACGCACAAAGAUUUCCCCCUGCUGGUCCCGAGGCAGCAGGACGAGCCCUGAACGGAACUGAACUGAGAUCAGAUUCUGUCGUCACUGUUAUCAGGAAGAAAACAUGUAGAAAUGUCACAAUGCACAACAAAAAGAAUGUACUAUAGAAACUGGUGAUUAUCUGUAACUAACUAGUGAUAUGUCUGUAAAAGCGUGUGGAGUCCACGAUGACUUCAAACAGGAAGGGACGUUUUCUGUCACGUGUCUGAUCCCUCUGCUUCAUCCCAUCCCCACGUUCUGUUUCCCUCCUCUCUAACCUGUACACCUCAUUUUCUGAAUGUAACAUGUUUCUUAACGUGUUGAACCUGAGACACGUGUGUGUGUGUGUGUGUGUUGGAUGUUAUUUAUUUGAAUGUGAAGCCCUGGUUGGCAUUUCUCUGUUGAUGUUGUUGUAUAUGUAUAAUUUCCUGUAAGCAGUUAUUUUUUUAUUUAUUUCAGUACGAGAGAGAAUAAACUCUCCCCUGCCCUAAUUUGACUAAAACGUAUCUAGACAUGUAAAGCAAUAUUUGACUUAAUGUGUAAAAUAUUCAGUGUAGUAUUCUCGUGUCUGGCAUGUUAGACUGCAGUACACAGCAGCAUCCCUUUACGCCUUUAGGUCCUGUCUUGAUGAUUUGGGUGUAUUCUGUAUAUCCAGUGAAUAUGACGUGUUUGCCGACCGUGGGCAUCGUGAGCACUCUGUGGUUUCCAGGACAUGUGACCUAUACCCUCUAAUAUCCACUGUCCACUCUGUGAUGGGGCUGUCACGUGAACAUUUGUCUAUUUACUUGAAUUUUUCAAUGGAUUAUAGUCGGUGGAUUUGUUGUGUACCAGGAUCAUAAUAAAAAACACAAAUACGUUACUGACUUGUU